CCGUUGUUUGUCCUGCAGCUCCCCGACCUGAAGGACGCUGAGGCGGUGCAGAAGUUCUUCCUGGAGGAGAUCCAGCUGGGGGAGGAGCUGCUGGCUCAGGGAGACUAUGAGAAAGGUGUUGACCACCUGACCAACGCCAUCGCCGUGUGCGGUCAGCCUCAGCAGCUGCUCCAGGUGCUGCAGCAGACUCUGCCUCCGCCCGUCUUCCAGAUGCUGCUCACCAAGCUGCCCAGCAUCAGCCAGCGUAUUGUGAGUGCACAGAGUCUGAGCGAGGACGAUAUAGAAUGAGAGGACCGGGAGGAGACGACCCACAAACCCUCCUCUUCCUCUUCUUCAUGUGCUACUUCCAUGA